CUCCCUCUCAUCCAUAUCAAGCCCUUCAGGUCUGGUAUGGAUAUUAAGGGGGAACUCAACGCCGAACAGUCGUGGGGACCCCCUCAAUAUCCAUACCCUUAUCCGAGCAUGCAGCUCGGCAGGUCAGGAAAGGGGGGGGGACGACGAGCGCCCCUCCUCCUGAACCAUACCAGGCCACAUGCCCUCACAUGGGGGGGUGCUGGGGCAGGGGGGCUCCCCCCCAAAGCACCUUGUCCCCAUGUUGAUGGGGACAAGGGCCACAACCCUGGCCGGUGGUUGUGGCGGUCUGCGGACGGGGGG